AUUUUAGGAGCAACCCGGCCAAUCGGCCGGGCUCCGUGCUAGUUCCAUAUACAGAAGAGAGGAGGAAGAAGAAGAAGCACCACUCCGGUCGUUCACGCGGCGCAAAAAGGAAAACAAAGCCAUUUUUGGAGAUGGAGGGGCAAGCGGUGGACGUACCUGUUUCUCCCAAGAGACAAAAGAUGGAAGAGGCAGCGCCUUCAUCGUCGUCUUCGUCGGCCCUUAAUCUGGCGGCGGUGGUAUCUUCAGACGAUACCCUACCGGCAGCGUCGGCCGAAAAGGAGGCGGCCGCAGGAGAUCAGCCGGCUGCGGCAGCGUCUCUUUGUCCAGCGGCCGUAUCUGGAGACAAGAAACCACUGCCAUACAUCGAUGAGGGUCCUGACUAUCAUGAUCCUGAAGAACAUGAUAAAAUGCUUAGAGAUACUACCGUCAUUGCAAACAUAUCUCUGAACUUCUACAACGAGAAGGAGGGCACAAGCUAUGCCCUUGUUGCCCCCCUACUCAGCUGGUGUAAUCUCUUUCCCGAUGGACUCGUUAUUCACGCCAACUUCAAGGCCAAGAAUGUCACUGGCGGCCCUUCGGCCGGCGAAAACAACCCUCCCAUUGAGCUGUUUUUCUCUGAGACAAGGAAAGGCUACGGGACUCCACCCGAAGUUCGUCAUUGUCUCAUCUUGGAUGAGACUAGAAGUGAUAUACGCAGAGGUUGUGCGCAUUGUCCGAGCUAUGUAGUGGAUGAAAGUUUCUACCAUCCUCCUGUUGGAGGGUGUGAGUUCGGUGACAGUGAGGCAAAGGAUUAUGCAAAGUAUCAAUUGGCAGGUCGCUCAGGCUCAGGCUCAGGCUCAGACACAGAGUAGCUUGUAGUGGUAGUGGUAAUAUAUUAUCUCUCGAACAUGGAAGGAAACAGGAUGAGGAACAUGAUCAACUUCCUUGGACUUAUAUUAUGUAUUGCCGGUCGCUUUAUAACUCUUCCCCAAUGUUGGAAGAAAGAAGUGGAAUAUUAACUAGUGGUAAUAUAUUAGGGAUAAGACUUUAUCCAAGUCAUCUUAAGUUUCCUUAUUCAUAUGUAACUCUUUUUCCUUGUCCUACAUGUAAACCUGUACACAUGUGGGUAUAAAUACCCCUCACUAUGUUCAUAAUAACACACAAGAUAUUAUUCCUUAC